AAGUUGACUUUUCCCGUCCAUUCAAGGGCAUUGCUGAAGGACUCCAAAGAUCACGCUUAAACCCACAAAGGCCCGUCAGCACGGGGUAGCCGGCCUCAUGGACGCUGGAAAACACGUAGGCGUUCAAUACAAGGGAUGUAUCAGCUGAUAAAGUCCUAGCUGUGCACGGACAUAGACCAUGGGGGACUGGAACCUGUUGGGAAAGCUCUUGGAAAAAGCCCAGGAGCACUCCACCGUGGUGGGCAAGGUGUGGCUCACGGUCCUUUUCAUCUUCCGCAUCCUGAUUCUCAGCGCGGCUACGGAGAAGGUGUGGGGCGACGAGCAGUCGGGCUUCACCUGUGACACCAAGCAGCCCGGUUGCGAGAACGUAUGCUACGACAUCACUUUCCCCAUCUCUCACGUUCGAUUCUGGGUACUGCAGAUUAUUUUCGUAUCCACGCCGACGCUGAUCUACCUUGGCCACAUAUUGCAUCUGGUACGCAUGGAGGAGAAGCAGAAGGAGAAGGAGCAAACGCAGCAUCCAGUCGUUGUGGAUGCCCACAAGCACAAAAAGCCUCUCAUGAGAGACGACAAAGGCCGAGUGCGCCUGCAGGGGGAGCUUUUGCGCACAUAUGUCUUCAAUGUCAUUUUUAAGACGCUCUUUGAAGUGGGCUUCAUUGUGGCUCAGUACCUUUUGUACGGAUUUGAGCUGAAGCCCAUGUACACAUGUGACAGGCCGCCGUGCCCCAACGCGGUCAACUGCUACAUCUCCCGUCCCACUGAGAAAACCAUUUUUAUUAUUUUCAUGCUGGGCGUGGCCGCUGUUUCUCUCUUUCUUAACCUCAUUGAGAUCUAUCACCUGGGCUUCACCAAGUGCCGCCAGGGCAUCACCUUUAAAAGACGAAACCGGUCACCUGACAGCAUCCCAAAGGAGCCGAGUGACACGGGAGUGACGCCGCCGACUUAUGACGAGUACUUCCACGAACAUCGCCCGCCGAGCUACAACCUCUCGUCUCCGUGUGAGGGCGCCGAUUCUUCCUUCCACCCCUGUCACAGUAAAGCGGCUUCCAAACAAAACAAGGACAACUUAGCGGCGGAAAGGAGCAGCAGCAAGACAGAGGAAUGUGACCUCAAAGGGAAGAAGCCAGCGGGGUCGGCCCCCGGGACGCCCACGCAGGCCAGGCCGGGCCGCGGUGUCAAACACACCAACAACAAGACGAGAAUAGAUGACCUGAAGAUAUGAGGUUUCUCAGUCUGGAGGGUCUUACAUGGCUGUGAAGGGAUUGGAUUCAUUCCGUAGGUGACGUUCGAGGUCCUCACAAAAGUUGUUUUUGUUUGGGAAAGGGGUUUGUUGUAGUGGGAAUCAUGGACGUCACUAUAAGUCUAUGUUAGGGUGGCUGGAAGUUCCUAAGACCGACAAUAAGGUACUCGCUUUACAAUACGGUACACAAAAUACAGUAGUUACUGAGGAACUAAUAAAUACUUGCUCACGGGGCAACAAAACAAAAACACAUCCACAGCAAGUUAACGCAUCACAUAAAUCAACAGUAAACAUAACACUGAACUUCAAAAUGUGAUUUUCCAAAUGCCCUCAAGGCAUGCUGGGAAGUUACCAAGCACUACCAAGCAUACCUUGCGGAAUACAGUAGUUGGGUUAAAAAAAAUUGCCAUCUAUGUAUAGGGCGGCGUCAAGUAGAAUGAUAUACUUGCUCACGGAGCAACAAAACAAAAACACAUCCACAGCAAGUUAACGCAUCACAUAAAUCAACAGUAAACAUAACACUGAACUUCAAAAUGUGAUUUUCCAAAUGCCCUCAAGGCAUGCUGGGAAGUUCAGCGCUACCCAGCAUACCUUGCGGUGGGAAUAUAUGGGUGUUUAGAAAUGCACAGUGGGCCACAUUAAGACUUGUGGUGGGUCUGACGUGGCCCACAGGCCGCAGUUUGUCCAUCCCUGUUCUAAAGCGUUACUCAGUGGUACCUCGGGUUUUAUGCAAUUUUGGGUGGCUGGAAGUUCCUAAGACCGACAAUAAGAUACUCGCUUUACAAUAAGGUACACAAAAUACAGUAGUUAUUGAGGAACUUUCUUGACAUGUGGGUCACAAUGGGUUAAAAAAAAUUGCCAUCUAUGUAUAGGGCGGCAUCAAGUAGAAUGAUAUACUUGCUCACGGAGCAACAAAACAAAAACACAUCCACAGCAAGUUAACACAUCGCAUAAAUCAACAGCUAAACAUAACACUGAACUUCAAAAUGUUAUUUCCAAAUGCCCUCAAGGCAUGCUGGGAAGUUCAGCGCUACCCAGCAUACCUUGCGGCGGGAAUAUAUGGGUGUUUAGAAAUGCACAGUGGGCCACAUUAAGACUUGUGGUGGGUCUGACGUGGCCCACAGGCCGCAGUUUGUCCAUCCUUGUUUUAAAACGUUACUCAGUGAUACCUCGGGUUUUGAGCAAUUUUGGGUGGCUGGAAGUUCCUAAGACCGACAAUAAGGUACUCGCUUUACAAAAAGGUACACAAAAUAUAGUAGUUACUGUGGAACUUUCUUGACAUGUGGGUCACAAUGGGUUAAAAAAAAAUUGCCAUCUACGUAUGUAUAGGGCGGCAUCAAGCAGAAUGAUAUACUUGCUCACGGAGCAACAAAACAAAAACACAUCCACAGCAAGUUAACGCAUCGCAUAAAUCAACAGCUAAACAUAACACUGAACUUCAAAAUGGGAUUUUCCAAAUGCCCUCAAGGCAUGCUGGGAAGUUCAGAGCUACCCAGCAUACCUUGCGGCGGGAAUAUAUGGGUGUUUAGAAAUGCACAGUGGGCCAGAUUAAGACUCGUGGUGGGUCUGACGUGGCCCACAGGCCGCAGUUUGUCCAUCCCUGUUCUAAAGCGUUACUCAGUGGUACCUCGGGUUUUGAGCAAUUUUGGGUGGCUGGAAGUUCCUAAGACCGACAAUAAGGUACUCGCUUUACAAAAAGGUACACAAAAUACAGUAGUUGGGUUAAAAAAAAUUGCCAUCUAUGUAUAGGGCGGCAUCAAGCAGAAUUAUAUACUUGCUCACGGAGCAACAAAACAAAAAACACAUCCACAGCAAGUUAACGCAUCACAUAAAUCAACAGCUAAACAGCUAAACAUAACACUGAACUUCAAAAUGUUAUUUCCAAAUGCCCUCAAGGCAUGCUGGGAAGUUCAGCGCUACCCAGCAUACCUUGCGGCGGGAAUAUAUGUGUGUUUAGAAAUGCACAGUGGGCCAGAUUAAGACUCAUGGUGGGUCUGAAGUGGCCCACAGGCCGCAGUUUGUCCAUCCCUGUUCUAAAGCAUGACUCAAUGGUACAUCGGGUUUUGUGCAAUUUUUCCCAUAAGAAAUAAUGUAAAUCCCAUUAAUCUGUUCCAGGCACCCAAAAUAUGAAAAAAAUUAAUUUUACAGAUAACAAUUAUUGUUUUACAUACAGAAAACAAUGUGAAAUACACAUAAAUUAGGACUGAAAUGAGUGUCGUGUGUUGGGUAUCAAUAAAACAGAUAGAUAGUUGUCUAGUUACACAGCAUAAAUCAUGCACAUGGCAUGACUUCCUGUUCAGUGCAAAGUAACCUUCAAAAUAAAAGAAUGUCAGCAUUCACCUGAAUUUUCCUACAGUUAUGCUAUGCAAAAUUUUCACCCACAAGUUUUAAGUUAAUGUCAGACAUACUACAGUAAGAUAUUGUAGUAGUACAUUUUUGUCGGAAAAGGUAACCUAGCAAACCUAGCGACCAAAACCCCCCAGCUGUCAAACUUAGUGACGUCCCUGGUGUGAAUGGUGCAAUAUUCUUUCCACCAUUGCCAAUGAGCAAUGAAGUAGAAGUAUGCUCAGGUUUUUGUUAAAACUCCACACAAAAACUUUUGAGAACCAAAUCCACGGGUUCAGUUUUGGACCUGAAACAAGUGAAAGAGUACUUCAUCAACAUCCAGCGUAGAUGUGAGGCUUGUGCAAUGUUGUGAAAUACCUGGCACUCAUGAAACCAGCGUAUCCAAUUCCAGGACGUGCCUCAAGAGAGGCUGCAUUCGUCUCAGGAGUUUCCAUAUUUGUAUUGUCUCUUUCACGUGCACUGUAAUAACAUUCAAAGUACAACUGUUUCUAUGUUGUGUUUUUAUCAUUUGAUUAUACUUGGUACUUAUACUUGAUGACAAUG